UGUGGCGUUAGUCAUGUGUUAAUUAUUAUUUUUAUAGACACAAUUUACAGUAAAGUACGUUCCUUUCAAUUAAGGAUAACCUAUAUUAACACUUUUCGUGAGCACACAUUUAAGAACAUUUUCAGAUACCUUACAUAUAUGUGUAACUGAUUUUGGUGUUGAUACUUCACUACCGUAAAGUUGUAAACUAUCGCUGAAAUUCAAACGGCUGUUCAUCACUAAGGUUAUUACAGUCUUUCUGUAAAUGAAAAAUUCUUACGCAGAAUUGUCGAUGAAAUGGUGUCUAUAACAACUCUCUCGUCAUGGGAUACCGAACUCAGUGCAGACUCUGUCGAGUGGUGUCCAUUGCCUCCAUGCCAGGAUUAUUUUGUAUGUGGAACCUACCAGCUAGAAGUAACACAAAACACAGGAACAGAGACAAAUCCUGAAAGUAACCCAGAACAAAAAAAAUAUGGCCGUUUAUAUUUGCUGAGAUUUAACUCUGAAAAUAAAAUUGAAGUUUUACAAGUCCUUGCAAUGCCUGCUGUACUAGAUAGCAAGUGGUGUCAUAAGGAAAUACAAGGGAAGAUUUUACUGUGUGUUGCAAAUGAAGCUGGCUACGUGGUUUUAUAUGAACUGAAAAACAUGAAACUCAGUGACGGAUUGCCCGAAUGUAAACCAGAGAGUGACGGGCACCAGCUUUAUAAGCUUACAGAAAUCAGCAUCUGUGCACCUGACACAAAAGGUGUUUUGGCACUUUCACUCGAUUGGUCUACUGGUCGAAGUAUUGAUAAUCCUCAUGUUUGUGUUAGCGAUUCCAGAGGAAUUAUCACUCUCGCACAGCUUAAAGAUGACACACUCGAAGUUGUACAACAGUGGAAAGCAUAUAAUGCUGAAGCUUGGAUAGCAGCAUUUGAUUACUGGAAUAGUAAUGUGAUUUACACAGGCAGUACUAACCUAAUCUACAGGACGAGUCAGAAGUCGCUGUACACCCUAUUAUGUCGAGAACCUUACAGGAAUGGGGAAACUCUAAUAUUCCAGUUGGAUACAGGUGGAGAUGACUGCAAGUUUCACACCUUCGAUUUGAGAUGUGGCGUUAGUCAACCAACAGUAACAAAUAAGAGUCACGAAACAGGUGUGACGAGCCUACACUGCAAUGCAAUGCAUCCCAAUACAUUGGCUUCAGGAAGCUACGACGAGACACUGAGGCUGUGGGACACACGUAACACACGGCAACCUAUCUCGUCACUUCCACUGGGUGGUGGAAUCUGGCGUGUCAAAUGGGAUCCCUAUACAGGGGAGCACAUCGUUGCUGCUUGUAUCUAUGGCGGUUUUCGGGUAGUUCAGUCUAAACGGGGCUGCCUGCAACUGCUCGGCGAGUACGAGGGGGAGCAUACUAGCAUUGCCUACGGAGCUGACUGGUGCCAUGCACCAUCUCCAAAGCAGGAUGACUCCUUCCUCAUCAGCACAUGUUCCUUCUAUGACCACAUGUUGUGUGUUUCUGCUGUCAGAUUGUACAAAGAUGACUGUGUAAGCUAAAACUGCUGAUAGCUGUAGCUGAGUGAAAUGAGAGAUACACUUUAUUGUACAAUGAAAGAAAAAUACAUAUAACAAUAAAUAAAUAAUUUAGCAUAUAAUGAA